CACGAUCUCGCGAGAUGUCGUUCGAGACGUCUGGAUUCGCUGCCCGGCAGGAGUUAAGGAGCCACAUCUAAAUAGGACCUCGGGGCUUAUAAACAGCGAUUCGGAACAGCGAGCUUUGUUGAGAAUAUCGGGAUUGUCCCGGGAAUAGCGGGACUGUUCGGUGGUACAAAGAGAGCUGUUGGCUGAACACCAUGGGAUUGUUUGACAAGCUGGCAGGAUGGCUGGGCCUGAAGAAGAAAGAAGUGCAUGUCUUGUGCCUUGGAUUAGACAACAGUGGGAAGACUACAAUAAUCAACAAACUGAAACCUGCCAAUGCGCAGACCCAUGAUAUAGUCCCGACCAUUGGAUUCAGCAUAGAGAAAUUCAAAACAUCUAGCUUGUCGUUUACAGUUUUUGAUAUGUCCGGACAGGGGAGAUACCGAAAUCUCUGGGAGCAUUAUUACAAGGAAGGGCAGGCUAUUAUUUUUGUCAUUGACAGCAGUGACAAGCUGAGAAUGGUUGUGGCCAAGGAAGAACUGGAGACCCUGUUAAAUCACGCAGACAUAAAGCACAGGCGAAUGCCAGUCCUGUUUUUUGCUAACAAGAUGGACCUAAGAGACUCGCUGUCAUCCGUAAAAGUAUCUCAGUUGCUGAGCCUGGAGAACAUAAAGGAUAAGCCGUGGCACAUUUGUGCAAGUGAUGGGCUUACAGGAGAAGGCCUCCAAGAAGGUGUAGACUGGCUCCAGGAACAAAUCACACAAUCAAAUCCAAACAAUGAAGACUUAAAAAGAUGAAGACACCCUGCAGUAACAUACUGUACACAUUGGAACCAAGGAUGAGUUUAUUGGGCUUUUAUUUUAUCUAGAUUCUCAGGUAUAUAUAAAUAUAUUCUAUAAUAACAGUGAAUCCAAUCUGAUUGUUACAUGUAAGUAGCACACGUUUUAUUUUCUGUACGUUACACGGUUUGUUAAAUCCAGGGAAUUAAAAUGUGCGAAUUUUGUAAAUAACGAGCAGAGCAGUGGAGUUCGCUUUUUAAUUUAUUAUGGAAAAUUCUGUGCAUUAGCUGUAUAUUAAUGAUGUGCUGUAUAGAAUAUGAAAUUCUGGUGAUGUUUUAAAUUUGUUAUAUAUUUGUUUGUCAUGGUGUUUUUCAAGGUUCGUGGCAGGAACAAACCCUUCAUCUGAUUGCCUAGGCCGAAUUUAUUAUAAAAUUGGAAAAGAUAUUGUAUACAUUGUGCGUUAAUAAAUGAAAUUGGAAAAGA